GGGGAAGGCUGCGAACAGGACGCGGUACGCGCAGUCUUUUUGGACUUCAAUCGGGACAAGUUGCCUCAUGGCUUCUCACGGGGUGACUUUUUCCAGCGGCUCACGCUUCUUCUAGUGCACUUUAGUUGUCUUUCUUCAAUAAAAAGCCCGGACCUCGAACCCGGGCUGUUUUUCCUCUUUUCCUCUGCCGUGCGUAAUUUGGAUCCAGGAUCGAAGAGAGGAGACGACACCACAACAACACGAGGACGAGGACUGAGCGCGGGCACGAACCGAGCUGUUGGAAAAUGAGAGCCGUGUUGGAUUUCUGCUUGGUUUUCUUCACGCUGAACUCUCCCGGCGUGCUGUCCUUGUCCACACAUGUAGCGAUCAUCUACCCCCAGGACCCCGUGCUCCGCAUCGGGUCCAACCUGACGGCCAGCUGCUGGAUCCACCCGGAGCUCGGCGUCCACGCCAGCUCCCUGUUCUGGACGCUGAACGGCCAGCAGCUGCCCAGCUCCAUCUACAGACUGCUGAGCCCCACCAACCUCAGCGUGACGCUGGCCGGACUCAACGCCUCCAGGCAGACGUCCGGCGACAACCUCGUCUGUCACAACCACAAAGGCCACAUACUGGCCGGCUCCUGCAUUUACGUGGGGAUGCCUCCAGAGAAGCCGGUCAAUCUGACCUGCUGGUCCAGGAACACCAAGGACCUGACGUGCAGCUGGGCUCCCGGCGGCAGAGGAGAGACCAACAUCAGCACUCAGUACAAGCUCAAGUACAAGCUCAGAUGGUACGGCACGGAGAAGCAGUGUGACGAUUACACGCACACGCACACGCGCACGCAGCCGUACUCCUGCAGCAUCACGCAGGACCUGCACCUCUUCACGCCCUACGAGAUCUGGGUGGAGGCCUCCAACCAGCUGGGCCGGGCCGCCUCCGACGUCAUCACCCUCGACAUCCUGGACGUGGUGACCACAGACCCCCCCUCCGGUGUGGCCGUCAGUCGAGUCGGGCAGCUCGAGGACCAGCUGAGCGUCCGCUGGGAAGCCCCGCCCGCCCUCAAAGACUUCCUGUUCCAGGCCAAAUAUCAGAUUCGCUACAGGCUGGAGGACAGCCAAGACUGGAAGGUGAUGGAUGACGUUGGGAAUCAGACAUCUUGCAGACUCGCUGGACUCCGACCUGGAACCGUAUAUUUUGUUCAGGUUCGCUGUAACCCCGUGGGCAUCUACGGCUCUCGCAAAGCUGGGAUCUGGAGCGAGUGGAGCCACCCCACGGCCGCCUCCACGCCCCACAGCGAGCGGCUGAUGUGCGACUCGAAGUCCAGCGGCGACUCCAACUCCACGCUGCGCCGGGAGCUGAAGCAGUUCUUCGGCUGGGUGCGGAAACACGCGUACGGCUGCAGCAGCAUGUCCAUGAAGCUGUACGACCAGUGGAGAGUGCUGAUGCAGAAAUCCCACAAAGCUCGCAACCAGGUAGGUUCUACAAGGGGAUAAAUCAUAGCACAUGCCGACUUUACAAGCAGAAAACAAGUCAAGAAAAAGAACUGAGAGAAUGUCAUUCGUUUCUGUUUAUGUGUGUGUGUGUGUGUGUGUGUGUGUGUGUGUGUGUGAGAAAUGAGAAAAAGAUUGUACUCGUAUAACGGACCCAUAAAGACAAUUUGCUCCGAACAUGUUGUGUGGAUACCAGCUGUGGCCACAAGAGGACACCUGAAGGCAAACUGUGGGAUGUUCUCCAUUUGCGCAUCCUUUCCAGUCAGUUUGUGCACUCGAAGCUGCGACGGACGGAGAGAAAGUGAACUCGUCACGGACUUCUCGGCUCGACGGCGCUGCAAGAAAGAGGCCGUGUGAACCCGUCUGCUUUCGCACGUGACACUGUAGCUCGGACGCGUCGAUUCGGUCAGAUUCAAACAAACCACAAGUGUUGUGCCCAAGCAUCCAAAAGUAUUCUGUGGCAAUUUGAGGAGUCUCCUGUGGAUUCAAAGCACCAUCUAGUGGCGGUUCAUCACCUGUGGAGACUCCCGUCCUGAUGUAAAAAAACUCAAAGAUUAUCAUUCAGUAUUUGUAAUUCGUGCUUUGUUACGUAGAUUGAUGCUGUGCCGAACGGGUCCAUCCAGGUUUCCUCUGUGUCUGAGUGACAGUAUGUGACUGAUGGUGUUUUUGUGUACGGAAACAUUCACUGCCUUUAUUUUUGUACUGAAAUGUACCGACAUAUUUAAAGUUAUAAAGUUAUGUUUAAAUUCUUAAAUUAUGUCUAGUUAGAAAAGACUGUACAAUGACUGAAGUUGUUAUCAAGCUCUAAUGUUGUUCUAUAAAAGUGUUAGAAACACAAGUCUCACGUUUACUGUCAUAAUGUCAGCAAUCGGACAACAAUCCUUCAUUCAUACCGAGUCACAAAGUGCUAAAUAAAAGGCUCAAUUGUAAUUUCAACAUUAGAUCUAAUUGGAUGGAUCAGAA